AUACUUGUGUUUUCUUGCUGUCUUAUUGCCACUUCUUGUCCGCAUAUGAGCAAAGAAUUUAUUAAUUGAAUGUAACCCUCUUUGGAUUUUAAUGUUAUGUCCUAUGGGUGCUUUUAGGUUGGAGCUACUCCUGACUUGAUGGUUGCUUACAUUGAUUUCUUUCUUGGUGGAGAUGAGAAGCGUUUAGAUAUUGUAGCCAGUAUACAUAAAAGAUUCCCCAUGUGCAUUAUUUUUGGUGGGAAUGGAAGUUACAUGUCACCAUAUAAUCUUUACAGUGACACAUUAUUAACAAAUCUACUUGGCCAGCAUGUUCCUUCAACCGUUUGGAACCGCUUGGUGGCAGGUCUAAAUGCCCAGUUAAGGACAGUGAGGCACAGAUCCAUCCAAUCUUCUCUGAUCCCUGUCAUUAGUUGGAUUAGAAGUCAUGCAAACCCUCAGCUAUAUUUUCACGGUGUUAGAAUUGAGCUUGGGUGGUUCCAAGCAACUGCUGCUGGGUACUAUCAAUUGGGAAUUUUGGUAGUGGUUGGUGAUUUUUCCCUUCAUGAUGGUCUCCAGCAACCUGAAAUGUCAGAAAGCAGUGAUGAUUGGUCCAGGAGAAUUAACACAUUUGUUCGGAGAAGUUUUGUGCAACAAGAAAAUCAGACAUGUUGCAGUCCAACGGUGUCUGUUAAAAGGACCACUGGAGGAAUUAAUGGUGGUAUCAUAACUGAAGCUACAAUGAAGUCCUUGGUUGUCGGGAGAGAUUAUUUUUUACCCUUUUCCCUGCUGCUGCACAAUACACGCCCAGUUGGUCGUCAGGACACUGUACAGUUGCUCAUUACGAUGAUGCUCUUGGUGGACCUAUUUGUCACCCUCCUAACCUUGCUUCUAUUCUAUUGGAUAUCUCUUGGAGCUUUUCUGGCCAUUCUGCUUAUCCUUCCGUUGUCAUUGCUUUCUCCUCUUCCCGCUGGUGUGAAUGCCUUGUUCAGCAAAGGUCCACGGAGAGCUUCACUUGCCCGAGUUUAUGCAUUAUGGAAUGCUGCCUCCCUGUCAAAUGUUGCUGUGGCUCUUGUCUGUAGUCUUAUUUAUUAUGGGUUUUCUUCUUUGAAGCCCCCUAACACGGCAGAUAGGUGGAGUGCUAGACGGGAAGAUGACAAGCCAUGGAUCUUACCUAUUCUUCUGCUGGUAACCAAAUUAGUUCAAGCUCGGUUCGUGAACUGGCACAUAGCAAACCUAGAGGUCCAAGAUUAUUCGGUUUUCAGUCCGAAUCCCGAUACUUUUUGGGCAUACGAAGCUGUUUCUUGACCUUGUUUGAUCAGAGGAAAACCAAACAACAGUUUGAUAAGCCAACAGACACAGUCAGCUCCAUUGCCCAUCCAUGUACAUGUGUUUGAAAUUUGUACAAAGGUUUGGAUAUUUUAUCUGUAGUGUGCAGGUUUUUCCCUCAUAUUUUGGGGUAUGACUGUAUGAGUAGAAGAAGAGGAGGGUACCAGUGAGAUAUUUUAUUCUUCGUUGAGUAGAAUCAGUAGAUAUGCUGUAUAGAUUUUUUGUGGAAUAAUAUAUUGAUGUCAUA